AUAUACCAGCAGUGCAGUGAGAGGCGGAGUAUAUUGUUGUCGUUAAGGUCUGAGACGCUGACAAAUCCGGCGACGAAGAAGCUGUGAAAGAAGGUAGCCGGUGUAACCUCAUCAGGCCAGUUGUCCUAGGAGAUCUGCAAUGGCCUUCAGCAAAGGAUAUCGUAUCUACCACAAGCUAGACCCGCCUCCGUACAGCGUAAUUGUGGAAACGAGGAGCCGUGAAGAAUGCCUGCUGCUGGAGUCUGGAGCAGUUGCCGUUCUGUCUGCUGCAGAGAAGGAGGCUAUUAAAAACACGUACACCAAGAUGCUGGAUGCCUAUGGAAUCCUAGGGGUCCUCCGGCUUAAUCUGGGAGAUGCCAUGCUCCAUAGCCUGGUCGUGGCGACGGGUUGCAGUUCCGUGGGGAAGGUUCAGGAUUCAGAGGUCUUCCGGGUCACUGCCACAGACUUUGUGUCCCUGAGGAACGAUCCCUCGGACGAGGACCGGAUCUCAGACGUGCGCAAGGUCCUGAAUUCAGGGAAUUUCUACUUCGCCUGGUCCUCGACUGGAGUCAGCAUAGACCUCAGCCUGAAUGCCCACCGCAGGAUCAAGGAGGACACCACAGACAACCGCUUCUUCUGGAACCAGUCCCUGCACCUCCACCUGAAGCACUACGGAGUGAACUGUGAUGACUGGCUGCUGCGUCUCAUGUGCGGCGGGGUGGAGAUCCGCACCAUCUACGCUGGGCACAAGCAGGCAAAGGCCUGCGUCAUCUCCCGCCUCAGCUCCGAGAGGGCCGGCACCCGCUUCAACGUGCGCGGCACCAACGACGACGGCCAGGUGGCCAACUUUGUGGAGACCGAGCAGGUUAUUUUCCUUGACGACAAAGUGUCUUCCUUCAUUCAAAUCCGUGGAUCUAUACCACUGUUCUGGGAACAACCUGGAAUUCAGGUUGGCUCACACCGCGUCAAACUGUCCCGUGGAUUUGAGGCGAAUGCACCAGCUUUUGAAAGGCACUUCAGCGCACUCAGGAGGCUGUACGGAAAGCAGGUGAUCAUCAACCUGCUAGGGAUGAAGGAGGGGGAGCACAUGCUCAGCAAGGCCUUCCAGAGUCACCUGAAGGCCUCGGAGCACGCCGCAGCAGUUAGGAUGGUCAACUUCGACUACCAUCAGAUGGUGAAGGGAGGCAAAGUGGAGAAGCUGCAUAGCGUCCUGAAGCCUCAGAUCAGCAAGUUCCUGGAGGACUGUGGCUACUUCCACUACUCCGGGGAAGGGGGCGUGCAGAAGUGUCAAACUGGUACCAUUCGGGUCAACUGUCUGGACUGCCUGGACAGAACCAACAGUGUCCAGGCCUUCUUUGCACUGGAGAUGCUGCCCAAACAGCUGGAGGACAUGGGUCUGGAAAAGCCCCAGCUGGUUGCCCGCUUCCAGGAAGUCUUCCGCUCCAUGUGGUCUGUCAAUGGGGACUCCAUCAGCAAGAUCUACGCAGGGACAGGUGCACUGGACGGCAAGGCCAAGGCUGGAAAGCUGAAAGAUGGUGCCCGCUCGGUUACCAGAACCAUCCAGAACAACUUUUUCGACAGCUCCAAACAGGAGGCCAUUGACAUACUGCGUCUGGGCAGCACCCUGAACAGUGACCUGGCUGACAAGGCUCGAGCUCUUCUGACUACAGGCAGUCUUUACAUUUCAGAACCCAUUUUGCAAUCAGCCUCUCCAAGAGUGCUGCUUGGAAUGUGCCAGAACUAUUACAAGUACACCAGGCCAAAGCAGAUCAGGGUGUGUGUGGGCACCUGGAACGUCAACGGGGGAAAGCAAUUCCGAAGUAUUGCCUUCCGCAACCAGACCCUCAACGACUGGCUGCUGGACGCCCCAAAGAUCGCAGGCCACCCAGAGUUCCAGGACAGUAAGGCCAACCCCGUGGACAUCUUCGCUAUAGGAUUUGAAGAAAUGGUGGAGUUGAAUGCUGGCAACAUUGUCAGUGCCAGCACGGCCAAUCAGAAGCUCUGGGCAGCUGAACUGCAGAAAAACAUUUCAAGGGAUCAUAAGUACGUGCUGCUGGCUUCAGAACAGCUGGUGGGCGUGUGUCUCUUUGUCUUCAUUCGGCCUCAACACGCCCCCUACAUCAGGGAUGUCGCUGUGGAUACAGUAAAGACGGGCAUGGGCGGGGCCACAGGGAACAAGGGGGGCGUGGCCAUCCGCAUGCUCUUCCACACCACCAGCAUCUGCUUUGUCUGCUCGCACUUUGCCGCCGGCCAGUCCCAGGUCAAGGAGAGGAAUGACGACUACAGUGAGAUCACCCGCAGACUCAGCUUCCCCAUGGGCCGGCUGCUCUACUCCCACGAUUACAUGUUCUGGUGCGGCGACUUCAACUACCGCAUUAACCUGCCCAACGAGGAGGUGAAGGAGCUGAUCCGGCAGCAGAACUGGGAUGCCCUGACGGCGGGCGACCAGCUGGUGGACCAGAAGAAUGCCGGACACGUCUUCAGGGGAUUCAUCGAAGGAAAGAUUGAGUUCCCCCCCACGUACAAGUACGACCUUUUCUCAGACGACUACGACACCAGCGAGAAGUGCCGCACGCCCGCCUGGACGGACCGAGUGCUCUGGAAGAGGCGGAAGUGGAAUUUUGACAAGUCAGCUGAGGAGAUGAACGUGGUGGGUGCCAUUCAAAACCAGGACGAGCAGGUGCAGCACCCCUGGAGUCCUGGGACUCUUAAGUAUUACGGCAGGGCCGAGCUGAAGACCUCAGAUCACAGGCCGGUGGUGGCUAUCAUAGACGUGGACGUGCUGGAGGUGGACCCGGACGCCCGUCACCAGGUGUACAAGGAUGUGAUCGCACUCCAGGGCCCGCCGGACGGAACAAUACUCGUCUCCCUCUGCAGCUCUGGCGAGGAAGACUAUUUUGAUGACGCCCUGAUUGAUGAGCUGCUUGACAAGUUUGCGGCCUUCGGGGAAGUCAUCCUCAUCAGGUUCGUCGAGGAGAAGAUGUGGGUGACGUUUCUGGAAGGCUACUCUGCCCUGGCUGCGCUGUCUCUUAGUGCUUCCACCGUGCUCGGGAAGACCAUCGACAUCCGGUUGAAAAGUCCUGGCUGGAUCAAGAGCCUGGAGGACGAGAUGAGCGUGGAGAGGAUCUUCGGAAGCAUCCCCUCCUCCGCCAGCUCCACUCUGCUGGCAGAGGACGCAGACAUGGGCGCUGACUACGACAUGGAGGGUGAUGUAGAUGAUGCAGAGGUGGAGGAGAUUCUUCCCCAACACCUGCAGCCUGGAGCUGGCUCAGGGCCAGGGUCGUCCCCAACACCGUCCCCCAGGGGCAGCCCGUGUCCCUCCCCCACCCAUGGCGAGCCCGCUCCCCCCACUAGGCCCAGCCGAGCUCCCCCACGCACCGCAGGACCCCCUCAGAGCUUAAGUCCAGCUUCAUGUAGGAGGGAGCUUGCAGGUUCCCCUGUCGACUCGCAGCCUGCCGGCGCUCAAGGCCUGGAGCCGAAACGCCCGCCCCCUCCUCGGCCUAAUGCCCCCCCAGCCCGGCCAGCGCCCCCUCAGCGUCCACCUCCUCCCUCAGGCGGUAGGAGCCCCACGCCAGUUAGGAAAGAUUUGGGAGGGCAAAAAAGCCCUGGAGUAGCUAGACAGGACUAUGGAGGGCGAGGACAGCCCACAGCAGGGCCAGCUCCGGGAGGUGCCCAGAGACCGACCAUUCCUCCACGAGCGGGCGUCAUCAGUGUCACCCCUCAGGCCAGGCCCCCUCCUCCGGCUCACCCCGGGGCCCCCAGGCCCGCCCCAGAUGUCCACCCAGGAGCCCCAAGGCCCAUGCCAGAGACUCACCCUGGGGCCCCCAGGCCCAUCCCUGGACACCAGAGCAAACCAGCAGAGCUGCCACUGGGGCCUCCUGUACUGCCAGGGCCCAUGAAGCCUCAGCCGGCGUCCCCUGUGCAGCCGCAGAUGCAGUCCCCUAUGCAGCCGCAGAUGGCGUCUCCCAUGCAGCCGCAGACGGCGUCUCCCAUGCAGCCGCAGACGGCGUCUCCCAUGCAGCCGAUGCAGCCCCAGAUGGCUCCCCCGCUCCAACCCCAGAUGGCUCCCCCGAUGCAGCCCCAGAUGGCUGCCCCACUCCAACCCCAGAUGGCUUCCCCACUGCAGCCCCAAAUGGCUCCCCCGUUACAACCACAGAUGGCAACCCCCAUGCAGCCGCAGUUAGCGGCUCCCAUGCAGCCCCAGCCUGCAGCUACCCCCCAGCCCAACCCGGGCCUGGCUUCCCCAAAACCGCCACCCCGCAGUCGCUCCUCCCACGCCCUGCCUCCUGAGCCCGCCCCUGCAUCUCAGAUCAAUGGGAUGAACGGUAUCCAGAGAGAAGCACAAUGGAAACUCGACCCCUUUGACCCACUCAGCUCUGACCUGCCCUCCUCCACUUCCUGGCUCAACACCCAGUCCCUGACGCGAAGCUGCUCCCUCCGCUCCGCCCCGAUCCCGCCCCCCUCGGCCCUCCCCACGUCGCGCUCCACACGGGGCCUCCGCGGCGGCUCCGCCCAGCUCCUCCCCCCGGCACCUGCGCGCAGCAAGUCCCAGGAGACGCUGCGCGCCUCUCCCAACCCCUUCCUGUCUGACAGCCAGCCAAGCAGCACCAACCCCUUCACCGGCAAGCUGGCCCUCGCCCAGCGCCGCUCGCUCACGCCCGACUUCUGUACCCAGCAGCAGGCGCUCGCCUCCAAGCCACUCCUCCAGCGGGCCGUGUCGGCGUCCGCACAGGCCCCCCCGUGCCUGGACCCCGCCCCGGCCGCCGCCCCAGCCCCGGCCCCGGGGAAGCGCGUCCAGCCGUGGGUGACUUUUGACGAGGAUUCGGCCUCUCCCGCUCCAGGGAGAACUCCAGCUGCAGCAAACCCCCUCCUGCCCAGCACCACCUCCACACACCCACAGACCCUGUUCCCAAGCUCUCAGUUCAAUUCCCCCAGCAGCUGGGGGGCCCCUUCCGCUCCUGUGUUCCCAGCAAUCCCUCCUCCUGUUCCUGCAAGGACUAAUAGUGGCACCCCAGAGAUUCCCUCAAGACCAAGCAGCAGCUUUCUGACCUCUAAGGAGUUCACAGAAAGAUAGGAUUAUUGAAUAUAAAGCUGUACGUAUCGUUUGAUGUAGAAAUAUUGGGAAAUAUAAUAAGUCAGUGUGUGUAUGUAUGGUCCCUAUAAACAGUACAUAAAAGUGUUUACCCCCAAAUCAGACAUCAGAAUUGUAUUAUUAUUUUACCAAAAACAGUUUGCCACAAACUUGGGAAAAGAUAUAUAUGUACUUGGCUUUUUUCAAAGAAGUAGCUGUUCCAUAUCUCCAUGUGGAAUCAUGUUCAGGUUUCUUUGUUUUUUUUGGUGUAUGUAUUUCUUAUGUCUGUAUGUGUCACAUUGGCAGGACGUCUGUGCCUGUGUCUAUAUGUGCGCACAAAUGUGUGUUAAACCUGUGCAAUAUUUAAUUGUUGUUUGGCCACAAGCUACUGUUACCUACAGCUGCUCAAUAACUUUGAGAUUAUAUAUAUUUUGUGUAUCAAACUUUUGAUCACAUUGCAUUAUAGAUACGCACAUUUAAGUAGAAUCCACACAUAGCAAAACGGCGUUGAUUGUGGAAAUGGGGAAAACUUUGAGGACUUUUACAUGUAAAAUGUGUGUAACUUGGCGUGGAAACGUAACAGUGAUGUUUAGGACUUGAACAGGCAUCUGGAGAGUUUGCAGUGAUUGCAGGUGACUUUAAUCACCAAAAACACCUGUUCCCGCAUGAUGCCUUGUCUUCCUAAGUGGUUUGUCUAUUCUCGAUCAGUGGCACUGAGCAUCAGUUCAUUUAGCCGCCCUUUUGUCCUGAAUGUACAUUAAUGAAGUGGUCACUGCCUCCGGUGCAGAGCAUAUUUUAAGUGGUGUGGACUCUAUAAAGCGUAUCAGGCAAUGCAGCACUUGGCAGGAUGGGGAGCUGACCUUAUAAAUCUGGUCACCAUACCCACUCGCCCUUCUUGCAGGCUUCCUCUCCUUUUGACUCAAGACUUCUCUGAUCAUUGUGAAGUUCAUGAGUAUGGGAUUAUAUAUAGUAAAUUACAUACAG